UCAACUACCUAUGUCCAUGGCCAAAAGAUUCGAGCAAAACAAUCUCUUCUAACCUCUUAUAUUUGCAACUUAGGGAACAGAAAGUCGAAACUUACCACAGUGGUCCCUUCAAGACUCGAACAUAGUAAGUACCUAGCUCUUAGGCAGUUUGUGUUGUUUUUAUUUUUAUUUUUAAAAAAAAUUCCUUUCCUUCUCCUCUCUUCGUUUCUCUCAUCACAACAACGGCACCACAAACCUUCCUUCACCUUCGAACCUACCUACUUGGUAGCCACUGAUAUCAGUACUGAUUUGUGUCCCUGUGUAGGCAACAAGAAAGUGAUCGACUGGCUGAGCAUCGCUACUAAUAGCCGAGGAGACCCAGAAGAAGAACCUGAAGACCUGAGCCCUCAUUCGGAGCCGAAGCCAAACACUUCUCUGACACUCCAACCUAAUAAUCCUCUGGGAGCUGAGCGAAGCUCUGCCUCCCUUCCUGCACCACACAACGACAACAAUACUGGACGUGUUCACUUCAGUGAUUCCUACACGAUGUAUUCGCCCCUUCCCUAUCGGGAUGCGUACGGCAACGUUGUUGGGUACUACCAACGCGUCGAGAACGGUGUUAUCGUGCCUAUCCGUCCUCGUCACCGCCAGCGAUCGGCCAACCAUUCAUCUGCUCGAGAAGGUGGCCGCGCACAACAGCAGGGUUACGAGUCCCACCGAGGUGACAUGAACGAUGAAGUGCUUCCUGCGCGCGAGAACGCUGUAAGCAACCACGAGAGCCGCAUCACGACGAUGUCGGAUAUCAUGAACGCAGGCAAUCAAGAGGGUGGUGGACUUUCUCGAUCGCAGUCUUUUCAUCAGACUCCCCGAUCGCCCAAGAAGCCAACUACUGAACCCUCUAGCAACAAGAGAGAUAAGAGUCGCCCGCCUCCACUUGAUCUCAACAGCGUUCGUCGAUACGCCACCGUGGGAUCGCACAUGAACAUUCAGCCCAUUCAUAAUCCCAUCACUCCGGAUGAUGUGCGAUUCACCUACGUUGUUGACGAUGGCACUUCGUCUGUGUACAGCCCUAGUACACCAUUCCCAUUCCGCGACGAAGGCUCGGGCAGUCCCCUUCGUGUUCCCCGCCUCUCCGAGGUUCGAGGCAACAACGUUCUCCAAGUGUACAACAACUGGAGAGAGAACGUUUCUGAAGGUGCUGAGUCCGGCCUGAACGUCCAACCCGGAAUGAAGGCCAGCGCAGAGCAGCUACGCUUCGCAGGAACGCCUGACUUCAGCCAGACGGAGAGCCGAAAGCUGUCUCCCUCGAAGAGCGUUCAAAGCAUUCCCAAGAACACUACUCUUGGCGAGGAUCUUAAGGAACCCGAUGUUCCUCCCUUCACGCCUCUUACUCCGUGGCUCAUGGGUAAUGGCCACACUAAGAAGGUCUCGAAGACUAUGAUUGGAGACAAAGGAUGGUUGGAAGACACCGCUGCGCAGACCGUGAAGAAGCCCGAGCGCCAGAAGAUGGCCGCUUUCUUUAACAGCGUCAAGAAGACGGCUCGACGAAUUGCCGAGAAAGCUGAAUUUCAGCCUACCAUGACCCGAUUCAGCGUCCCUCGAGAGCUGAACAUCUCACUCGACCCUCGCGAGCAAAGCCUGCUCUAUUGCGAGCUUGACUUCGGUCUCAGCAAUGCGCUUAGCGGCUAUAUCAAUGUCCAGCUCCACAACGGAAGAUUGAACCCGCACAUCCUGGCCAAGGUUGCCGACGCGUGGGAGCAGAAGGGUCGCCCCAAGGUGAUCGGAUUCCGCUAUGAUCUUGAGACGCAGCUCGAGAUCGUUGAGGCUCACAUGGAUACGUUCCGCUUCUAUGGACCGCAGCAGACGGACCCUAACGUUCUCAAGGGCCUGCUCUAUGGCAUGAAGGUGAACGCGCGCAGUAUGCAGGUUCGCACGCUCUGCCAGCCGGACACGGUGAUCGCAAAGCAUAUUCUCGAUUCGCAGGCGCUAUUGCAGCUGCUCGACAGCCCCGAGGCUAUCCAGAUCUCGCUGGCGGAGGUGUGCCAGUUUUUCAAGGUGACGGUGGAGCGCGAGCGCAUGAAGCGCAAGGAGAAGCAGGAGUCCAAGGCGUCGAUGCGUAUGGACGGCUACGCGCCCAACAAGGGUAUCUACCCCCGCGACCCGGAGAACCUGUCGCCUCCCAAGAGCAAGUACCCCGGCGAGUAUCGGGUCAAGAACCAGAUCUACGUGCCCGAGAGCCUGCGUGAUAUCAGCGGCCCGAUUCUCGAGCCUACGGUGUAUGAUCCUGCGCAGUCGCGCGGACAGCCUCAGGCGAUGUCUUACGGCUACCAUCAUCAGCUGCAGCAUCAGCAGCCGCAGCCGCAGCCGCAGCCGCAGCAAGAGCAAAAGCCGGAGGGUGGUAACUAAGUCGCGUGUGUUUCCUGAGGACCUAGUUUUUUUUUCCUUUGCGGUAUUUCACGAAUUGACGACGCCUACGAUUGAUAUACCCCCCCACUGCUUUUGUUAUUCCAUACAUACUUCUCGUUGUUCGAGGAGUUUGGUUUUUGCGCCCUGAUUAAUAUGACAACACUCUUUAAGCCUACUAGGGCUUUGAAAGAGGAUAUCUUGCGAUCAUCGACAAUGUUUUCCCAAGACAUCGCAUUGAUACCGGCUCGAGAGUAGAGUGUUGUACAUGGGCACUCAACGAUCGAUUAUGGGGUUUUCCCCUUCGUCUCCUACACUCGUUUAAUAAUUUUCUUUUGUUUUUCCUGUCUUUUCGGCAGGGUUCGCCUAGGGGGGGACAGGACACUAAGGCAGCUACUCAACUCUGUAUCUUUGUACACACAUCUCGCCUCUCUGCUUCUCCUC